AUGCCCUACCACUCGGCCGAGGCCAGCUGCGGGCAGGCGUGCCCAGUCACAGCCACGUCCGACAACCGGGGAGAGGGGAACGUGGAGAGAGGAGAGAAGAGAGGGACUUACGAAGACACAUUGUCGCCGUCGCCGCUAGAGAUCACUAUGGCCGCUAUCGGAGAUCGCUGCCACCUCUGCCGAGAGAAGAAGACAAGAGUGGCAAAGGCAAAGGGAACGAGAUCUGAAUUUUGCAAAGGGAAUGAGAUAUGGAUUUUAGAUCUAGAUUUGGGGGAGAAACAAGACAUGACCAUGCUUAACUUUCCGGUAGAGUUCCUCCUCGUUCUCCUAACUCUAGCUGUGUUUUUGUCUGUCAAAAAAUGGAAGAGAAAGCCGUUAAACCUCCCGCCGGGCCGCCAAGGUUGGCCUUUCGUUGGCGAAACCUUCGGAUACCUAAAGCCUCAUCCCGCCACUUCGGUCGGCCAGUUCAUGGAGCAACAUAUAUCGAGGUACGGGAAGAUCUACCGGUCGAAUCUCUUCGGCUAUCCGACGAUCGUGUCGGCGGACGUAGGGCUGAACAAGUUCGUACUGCAGAACGAAGGGAAGCUAUUUGAGUGCAGCUACCCGAGCAGCAUCGGUGGCAUCCUGGGGAAAUGGGCGAUGCUGGUUCAGGUCGGUGACAUGCACCUCAAAAUGCGAAUGAUCGCGUUCAACUUCACGAACAACGCCAGUCUCCGAUCCCGACUCUUGCCGGAGGUCGAGCGCCACUCCCUUCUCGUGCUUCGUUCCUGGAUUCACGGCUCCACUUUCUCGGCACUAGAAGAAGCUAAGAAGUUUACCUUCAAUAUGAUGGCAAAAAAUAUGCUCAGCAUGGAUCCGUACGAAGCAAAGACAGAUAAGUUGAGAUUGGAGUACAUAACCUUCAUGAAAGGAGUGAUAUCUGCACCUCUAAAAAUUCCCGGGACUCCAUACUGGAAGGCCUUGAAGUCGCGAUCAAACAUUCUCAGUGUGAUUGAAGAAAAAAUGCAAGAAAGAACGCGACAGAUGAGAGAGCAGCGAGACAAGGAGGUGGAUGAUCUCCUUAGUUGGUGUCUAAAGCACUCUGAUCUGUCCAAAGAGCAGACCCUCGACCUUUUGCUCACCCUACUAUUUGCAGGCCAUGAAACCUCGUCGGUAGCCUUGACUGCAGCUAUAUUCUUCUUGGGGAGUUGCCCGAAAGCUGUUCGACAACUCCAGGAGGAGCACAGGGGAAUAGAACGUAAGAAGCUACAAAGAGCAGAGUCGAGUUUAACUUGGGAAGACUACAAAGAGAUGGAAUUCACUCAAUGCGUUAUAAACGAGACCCUGCGACUUAGCAACGUCGUAAAGUUCGUGCAUAGAAAAGCUCUUCGAGAUGUAGAAUAUAAAGGGUACAAGAUUCCGCGGGGAUGGAAAAUUCUGCCUGUUUUUGCUACAGUUCACUUGGAUUCUUCUGUGUAUGAUGAUCCUCAUCAGUUCAACCCAUGGAGGUGGGAGAAAAACAACGUGACAGCGACGACGACGAACAACUUGAUGCCUUUUGGCGGCGGGACGCGUCUGUGUACUGGCUCGGAGCUCGCAAAGCUCGAGCUGGCGGUCUUCCUGCACCACCUCGUGCUGAGAUACAGAUGGGAGUUGGCUGAGCUGGAUCAGCCGUUUGCAUUCCCCUUCGUUGAGUUCCCGAAAGGACUCCCCAUCAAAGUCUACUCCAUUUGA